AUGGAGCACACGAAUUACCCCAUCACUCACUGCGAUGCCCUCGUCGUUGGGGCCGGGUUUUCAGGCGUUUCCAUGCUUUAUCGCCUUCGCAAGCUGGGACUAAAUGCCAAGAUAUUUGAAGCGGGGGACGGUUUUGGUGGCACCUGGCACUGGAAUCGCUAUCCGGGGGCGAGGGUUGAUUCCGAGUUUCCCUUCUAUCAACUAACCAUCCCCGAGGUGUAUGAGACGUGGACCUUCAAAGAACGGUUUCCAGAUCAUCAUGAAUUGCGCGCCUACUUCGAGCACUGCGACAAGGUGCUAGACCUCCGAAAGGACACCCAGUUCAAUGCUCGAGUAAUAGAUUGCUCGUGGGAUGACAAUGCUGGCGAGUGGACAGUCAAGACGCAGCAAGGUCAUACUGCUAAGACAAGGUUUCUGCUCCUCUGCUCCGGUCUGCUCCAUCAAAAACACAUCCCCGAUCUCCCUGGGUUGAAGAACUACAAAGGCGACCUCUUUCACUCUUCAUUUUACCCAGAAGACCUCGACCUCAAAGGGAAGCGGGUCGCACUUGUAGGAACCGGCGCCACUGCUGUUCAAAUCACCCAAGAUGUCGCCAAACAAGCCGACCAUCUGACCAUCUUCAUGCGUCGACCUUCGAACUGCCUUCCAGCCGGUCAGAGGCAGGUUACUGAUGUGGAGAAUCGUGGCUGGCAUCCUUACCUUGGCUCGAUCUUCAAGCUUAGCCGGACAUCCAAGAAUGGCUUCCUGCCUACCACGCAGCCUACGGCCAGGACCGAAGAUGUGCCCGAAGCGGAGCGUCACAAGCUCUGGGAUGAGCUCUGGACCCGUGGCGCCUUUUCCUUCUGGAAUCAGAGUUAUGCUGACCUCAUGGUAUCCAAAGAGGCAAAUAAGCUACACUACGAGUUCUGGGCACGGAAAGUCCGCGCUAGGAUGACAGACGAGAAAAAGAUGCAACACAUGGCCCCUCUGCCAGUGGAGAAGAUGCCCUACUGGAUCUUCACAAAGCGGCCGCCAUUGGAAAUUGACUACUACGAAAUGGUAGACAAGCCGUGGGUCGAUGUCAUCAAUACCAAAGAGACGCCUUCGAAGGAGUUCAACGAGACAGGAAUCGAGAUGGACGACGGCACGCAGAUUGAUUUCGACGUCUUGAUCUUGGCUACAGGCUUUGAUGCAUUCAGUGGCUCGUUAACCAACAUGGGCCUCAAGAGCCGCAAAGGUACAGACUUGCGCGACUACUGGAGUGCCGGCAUCCGCUCGUACCUGGGUACCACAACGUCAGAAUUUCCCAACGCCUUCAUGACCUACUCGCCGCUCGCUCCGACCGCUCUUUCCAAUGGCACCAGUAUCAUCGAAGUACAAUGCGACUUUGCCGUGGCAGCCAUCAAGAAAAUCUUGGACUCGGAGAAACAAGGCCGAAGAAUCAAGUCUAUCGAGCCAGUGCCGGAGGCCGAGGACGAGUGGGAGGCAUACGUGGAUGCCCAGAAUGCGCCGACCCUGAUGCCGCUCACGGAAAGCUGGUGGACUGGCGCAAAUAUCCCCGGGAAGAAGCCACAGAUGUUGACGUAUCUCAAGGGCUUGUCUGUCUAUGAGAAAGAAAUUCAGGAAAAGUUGGAGAACUGGGAGGGUUUUGAUGUGCGGUACUGGGACAGUGUAGAAGGUGAGACAAGUACUCGGAAGAGGAAGGCUGAGCACAUUAGCCAUGUGGAAUAUGCGCAGCAGGAUCUAGAUGAAGCAAGUGAGGCAAGGGAGGUUUUGCGUCCUACCGCAGUGGCGUAG